AUGGAGCUGGGGAAAGAGAGCGCUCAGCAGAUAAGGCAAGUGCUGCUUUUCUUUGUUUUCCUGGGAAGGUCCUCGGUUUGUUCUGAGAUUUGGAGUUAUUCGGUUGCAGAGGAAACUGAGAUCGGCUCUUUUGUAGGCAAUGUGAUUAAAGAUAUGGGUUCUGGUGUGGAAAACCUGGCUGUGAGAGGUGCCAGGGUCAUCUUUGAUGACUAUAAACCUUACUUGGGUUUGGAUCUGCAGACUGGCAACUUGCUCUUAAAUGAACGACUGGACCGAGAGGCACUGUGUGAUAUCACUGAACCCUGCAUACUGCAUUUCCAGGUGUUAUUCGAAAAUCCUUUGCAAUUUUUCCAAGCUGAGCUUUUGGUUAAAGAUAUAAAUGACCACACUCCUGUGUUCCUAGAAAAACAAAUACUUUUAAAAAUCUCAGAAGGUACUACUCCAGGAACCUCAUUCCAAAUGGACAGUGCUCAGGACUUAGAUAUAGGAAAUAAUAGUGUUCAAAAUUACACAAUAAGCCCCAACCCUCAUUUUCACCUUAAAUUACAAGACAGCGCUGAAGGUAGAAAAUACCCAGAGUUGGUACUGAUCCAACCUCUAGACAGAGAAAAGGAACCUGAGGUUAGCUUAACGCUAACAGCCGUAGAUGGAGGAUCAACGCCAAGAUCUGGGACUGUGCUGAUUAGAGUAGUGGUCAUGGAUAUUAAUGACAAUGCCCCUGAGUUUGAGAGACCGGUCUAUGAGGUUCAAAUACCCGAGAACAGCCCUGUGGGCUCCAUGGUAAUCAAGGUAUCUGCUACAGAUUCAGAUGUAGGAACAAACGGAGAACUCUCUUACUCAUUCUCUCAUCCCUCUAGAGAUGGACUGAAAACAUUUGAAAUCCAUCCAGUUUCUGGAGAAAUCCAUUUGAAAGGAGUUCUGGAUUUUGAGAUAAUUCGGUCUUACACAAUAAACAUUCAGGCCAUAGAUGGUGGGGGUCUUUCUGGGAAAUCAGUUAUUACUGUUCAGGUUUUAGACGUGAAUGACAACCCACCAGAAAUAGUCAUUACGUCACUUACCACCCUCAUACCAGAAAAUUUUUCACCUGAGAUGGUAGUCGCUGUUUUCAGUUUACGAGACCAAGAUGCUGGAGACAAUGGAAAGAUGAUUUGCUCAAUUACAGACAACCUCCCCUUUCUCUUAAAACCCACCUUCAAAAAUUUCUACACCCUGGUAACAGAACGUCCACUGGAUAGAGAGAUAAAAGAUGAAUACAACAUCACCAUCACCGUCUCCGACUUGGGGACUCCCAGGCUGCAAACCCAGCACACCAUCACCCUGCAGGUGUCCGACGUGAACGACAACGCCCCCGAAUUCACGCAGUCGUCCUACACCCUGUGGGUCCGCGAGAACAACAGCCCCGCCCUGCACAUUGGCACCAUCAGCGCCACAGACAGAGACUCGGGCAGCAACGCCCAGCUGACCUACUCGCUGCUGCCCGGCCCGCAGCCCGGCGCCGACGCGGCGGCGGCGCUGGUGUCCAUCAACGCGGACAGCGGGCAGCUGUUCGCCCUGAGGGCGCUGGACUAUGAGGCCCUGCAGGCGUUCGAGGUGCGCGUGCGCGCCGCCGACCGCGGCUCGCCCCCGCUCAGCAGCCAGGCGCUGGUGCGCGUGCAGGUGCUGGACGCCAACGACAACUCGCCCUUCGUGCUGUACCCGCUGCAGAACGCGUCUGCGCCCUGCACCGAGCUGCUGCCCAGGGCGGCCGAGCCGGGCUACCUGGUGAGCAAGGUGGUGGCGGUGGACCGCGACUCGGGCCAGAACGCCUGGCUGUCGUUCCAGCUGCUCAAGGCCACGGAGCCCGGGCUGUUCAGCGUGUGGCCGCACAAUGGCGAGGUGCGCACCGCCAGGCUGCUGAGCGAGCGCGACGCGCCCAAGCACAGGCUGCUGCUGCUGGUCAAGGACAAUGGCGAGCCGCCGCGCUCGGCCAGCGUCACGCUGCACGUGCUGCUGGUGGAUGGCUUCUCGCAGCCCUACCUGCCGCUGCCCGACGCGGCGGCGCCCGAGCGCGACCGCCUCACUGCCUACUUGGUCAUCGCGCUGGCGGCCGUGUCUUCUCUCUUCCUCUUGUCUCUGCUGCUCUUCGUGGCCGUCAGGCUGUGCAGGAGGAGCAGGGCGCGCUCGCUGGCCGGCUGCGCGCUGCCCGAUGGCCCCUUGCCUGGACACCUGCUGGACGUGAGUGGCACGGGGACCCUGUCUCAGUUUUACCAGUAUGAAGUUGGUCUCAAAGGAGACUCUGGGAGUAACGAGUUUAAGUUCCUGAAGUCUGUUAUUCUGAACCAUCGUGGAGCUUUGAAUGGGGUAGAAGAAAAUCCACCUAUGUAA